AUGCUUAACAAGUUCUUGAGUUCCAACCAACCACCUCUUCCCCCUGGCCCAACACCCUUGCCAUACAUUGGCAGCAUAAUCAGCAUGCUUCGAAACAAGCCCACAUUUCGUUGGAUUCAUAGGAUGAUGGACGAAAUGAACACCAACAUCCUAUGCAUUCGUGUCGGGAAAGUCCAUGUCAUAGCCGUGAGUGAUCCAGAGAUCGCUCUUGAGUUUUUGAAGGACACAAAUGGGAUCUUCUCAUCUAGGCCUGACACCAUGUCGGCCUAUCUCACGAGUGAUGGCUACUUGAACACCGCUCUAGCUCCAAUGGGUGAUCAUUGGAAGAAGAUGAAAAAACUCUUGUUCAAUGAAAUUCUUUCGGGGGCUAGGCAUAAGUGGCUUUUGAACAAGCGAAGCGAAGAAUACGACAAUAUAGUGAGAUACGUUAAAAAUCAGUGUGAGAUCCAUCUGGGGGCCACCAUGGGCUUGGUGAAUGUGAGGAUUAUAGCUCAACAAUACUCGAGCAACAUGGCAAGGAAGCUCAUGUUUGGUAGUAGGUAUUUUGGUAAAGGGAGCCCAGAUGGUGGACCUGGUGCUGAAGAGGUUGAGCAUGCUGAUUCACUCUCAAUAAUUCUUGCUUAUGUUUACGCCUUUUGUGUCACGGAUUACUUCCCAUGGUUGCGAUGGAUAACUGAUCUUGAUGGGCAUGAGAAGAUCAUAAGGAAGGCGAUUUCUACUGCAAGAAAAUAUCAAGAUUAUUUAAUUGAUGAGAGGAUUCAACAAUGGAAAGAUGGUGUUAAAACCAAGCAAGAUGAUUUGCUAGAUGUCUUCAUCAACCUUAAAAACCCUCGGCUAAAUAUUUAUGAAAUAAAAUCCCAGAUCCUUGAUUUAAUUGUAGCAACUUUUGACAAUGUAUCAAAUAAUAUCGAGUGGGCAAUGGCGGAAAUGAUAAACGAGCCAAAAAUAUUACACAAAGCCAUCCAUGAGCUCGAUAAUGUGGUUGGAAAGGAGAGAUUGGUUCAGGAAUCUGAUCUAGCAAACCUCAAUUAUAUUAAAGCAUGUGUAAAAGAGGCUUUCCGGUUGCACCCUGUUGCACCUUUUAACUUGCCCCAUGUGACAACCGCUGACUCUAAUGUUGCGGGAUAUUUCAUACCCAAGGGUAGUCAUGUGAUAGUGAGCCGCCUUGGGCUAGGGAGAAACCCUAGGGUUUGGGAUGACGCGCUGACAUUCAAUCCCGACAAUCACAUGAACAAUGAUAAGGAAGUGGUGUUAACUGACAACAGCCUUCACACCUUUCUGUUUAGCACUGGUCGGCGUGGGUGCCCUGGAAUGUUGUUGGGAUCGACCAUUACCACAAUGCUUCUAGCUAGGCUCGUACAAGGGUUCGCAUGGGAGCUGCCAUCUAACGAACAACACGACGUUGAUCUCAAGGAGAACUUGCAUGAUUUAGCAAAGGCUAGGCCAUUGUCCGUAAUAGCAAAACCUCGUCUCCCUCUCCAUCUUUAUAACACAAGUUGA